AUGGAUUGCUCAAGAAGCACUCCAGUCUCCAUUGGCAGGUUCACUAUAGAGAGAGUCUCCGUGUCUAGCCAUUGUGGAACCUGGGCUCCUACCAAAUUCCCUGAAUCCUCUGGGCAAGUUUCUUACAUGAUUUCCUGCUCUGAAAAUAGACAACCAAGCCACAGAAAUCCCCAUAACAAAUCUAAUAAUGCUAUUGGGAAUGAAAUAAAAAAUAGCAUACAUGACAAUUGCAUUAGACCACCUCCAGGAUACUCUUCAGAAAGCAGUUCAAAGAUGGCUUUCUCAAUCACAUCUGAUAGCAUGGAGUCUCUAGAAUGUUCUUUUGGCAGCGAAGGCUCCUCCUCUGGAUACACCUCCACUACUGAUGGGCUAACUUUGGAGGUACCAGAAAAGCAGGUACAGGAAGCUCUGAAUCAGCUCAACCAGUCAAUUGAUGCCUUUAAUACAGGACUUCAGAUGAUUUGCAGUUCCACAGAAGAUCAGCAACAUGAAGUGGUUGGGACUGAGACAGACAAUUCUUUGUCAGCUGGCAUCUGCCUAAGCCCUGCAAAGCUGACAGCGUGUAAUAAACUUUUGGCCCACAAACAAAUGGCCUACAAUACCCUGGAUGCCAAACCAAAGCAUGAACAUUAUAUUAACUCUGUUGCCCCUGGAAGACUGAAAAGGAGUCGUCCAUCCCUUGAUCUCCUUCGUAAUGCCAUAAUAGACGAACAACAAAUGGUUUCAGUCAACCUGGAUCAAGAUGCAGAAAUUUGUGACAAAGACAAGCUUGAAUUACAAGAGGAGACUGAUGAAAAGAAUAAGAAAAAGAAAAAGAAGGCUAAUGGAGAACCUGUUCGGUUUGGAUGGGUCAAGGGCGUAAUGAUCCGCUGCAUGUUAAAUAUCUGGGGAGUCAUUUUGUACUUGAGGUUACCCUGGAUCACAGCACAAGCUGGAAUAGGUCUGACGUGGCUGAUCAUUCUGAUGUCUGUGCUAGUGACAUCUAUCACUGGCUUGUCCAUUUCUGCCAUCUCUACAAAUGGCAAAGUUAAAUCAGGUGGAACAUAUUUUCUCAUCUCUAGAAGUUUGGGCCCAGAAUUAGGAGGCUCUAUUGGACUUAUAUUUGCUUUUGCAAAUGCAGUCGCAGUAGCUAUGCACACUGUAGGCUUUGCGGAGACAGUUCGAGACCUCCUUAUAGAAUAUAAUGCUGUGAUUGUUGACCCUGUCAAUGACAUCAGGAUCGUAGGUGUCAUUACCGUAACAGUUCUUCUCCUCAUUUCAUUAGCUGGGAUGGAGUGGGAAGCAAAGGCACAAGUAGUGUUCUUCUUCGUCAUCAUGGUGUCUUUUGCUAGCUAUAUAGUGGGGACAAUCAUGCCUCCCAGUGAAGAGAAACAGUCUAAAGGAUUCUUCAGUUACCAAGGGUCAAUCUUUUUGGAGAACAUGGUUCCCAACUGGCGCGGGGAAACUGGAUCUUUCUUUGGAAUGUUUUCUAUAUUCUUUCCAUCAGCUACUGGCAUUCUUGCAGGCGCAAACAUCUCAGGAGACCUUAAGGACCCAGCAGUGGCCAUACCCAAAGGAACACUGGUGGCCAUCUUCUGGACUACAGUGUCAUACCUUGCUAUUUCAGCUACCAUAGGUUCUUGUGUCCUCCGUGACGCCUCUGGCAUUGUAAAUGACACAAUACCUCUGAAUGACACAGACUGCAAGGGACUCAGCUGUCAGUUUGGCUGGGAUUUUAGUGAGUGUCGACAAAAUGAAACCUGCUACUACGGCCUAGCAAACCAUUACCAGGCAAUGAGCAUGGUAUCUGCGUUCAGCCCCCUCAUUACAGCUGGAAUCUUUGCAGCCACUCUGUCCUCUGCCCUGGCUUGCCUGGUGUCCGCUCCCAAAGUCUUCCAGUGCCUGUGUAAGGAUAAGCUCUACCCCUUUAUUGGAUUCUUUGGGAAGGGUUAUGGGAAGAACAAUGAGCCUAUCCGUGGAUACCUCCUGGCUUUCAUUAUUGCCAUUGCUUUCAUCCUUAUUGCUGAGCUGAACACAAUCGCUCCCAUUAUUUCCAAUUUCUUCUUGUGCUCCUAUGCCCUCAUCAACUUCAGUUGCUUCCAUGCGUCCAUCACCAAUUCUCCAGGAUGGCGGCCAUCGUUCCGUUACUACAGCAAGUGGACCUCCCUUUUUGGCGCUGUAGUGUCAGUGGUCAUUAUGUUUCUCCUGACAUGGUGGGCAGCUAUCAUUGCUGUAGCGAUCAUUUUCGUACUCUUAGGUUAUGCCAGCUACAAAAAGCCAGAUGUGAACUGGGGAUCUUCUGUCCAGGCUGGAGCUUACAAAAUGGCCCUAACCUACAGUGUGACCCUGAAUGGAGUACAAGAACAUGUCAAAAACUUUAGGCCACAGUGUCUUGUACUGACUGGACCCCCCAACUUCCGUCCGGCCCUGGUUGACUUUGUCAGUUCUAUAACAAAGAACACAAGUUUGAUGAUCUGCGGAAAUGUUGUCACUGACUCAGAGAAGGUACCAGACUCAGAGGGACAUCUUCGAUGGUUGAACACUAGGAAGGUGCGAUCGUUCUACAGUGUGAUUCAGGAAAGAACAUUACGAGCGGGAGCCAAAAGUCUCAUGCAGGUCUCCGGUCUUGGUCGUUUAAAGCCAAACACUGUGGUGCUGGGUUAUAAGAGUGACUGGCAAAAGGUUCCAGGGCAGUGCUUAGAAGAAUAUGUGGACAUCAUCAAUGACUCCUUUGACUGUCAGUUUGGGGUGUGCAUUCUUCACAUAAAGGAAAGCCUUGAUGUAUCACAGAAGAUGCAAGGCCAAUAUAACUUAGCAUUCCAGGAUUCUGACGAUGAGCUUACAUCUGACAUAGAAACAGAAAAAGAGGCUCCAACCAUAGUGCCAGAGAUUAUGAACCAAACUAACACCGAAUUCCAGGGCCGUCAGGGCAAGAAAAGCAUCCACAUUUACUGGUUGAAUGAUGAUGGAGGUCUCACCCUUCUCAUACCCUACCUGCUGACUCGGAGAAAACGCUGGAGCCAAUGCAAAGUACGAGUCUACAUCAGAGGAACACAGGAGAAUGCAGAAGAAGAGAGGAAAGAAAUGCAGUUACUUCUAGAAAAGUUCAGGCUGGGAUUCCAAGAUGUUGUAGUGCUCACAGACAUCGACCAGAAGCCCCAUCCCUAAAAAUUGUUUGAGGACCUCAUCGCUCCAUAUAACAUUAAUGACCAGAUGGGGACUGAACUUGAGAUCCCUCCUUGGUGUAUCAGUGAAAAGGACCUUCUAAACCAUGCAGCGAAGUCGGAACGAAAUGUCAGACUAAAUGAGAUCCUCCAACAAAACUCCCAGGAUGCCGCUCUUAUCGCCAUAAGCCUACCGAUUGCCAUCAAAUCAGCCUGCCCCAGUUCCCUCUACAUGGCCUGGCUUGAAGGCUUAUCUCGCGACAUCGUCCCACCAAUUGCAUUCAUCCGUGGCAAUCAGCAGGACUCUCUCACAAUGUACUGCCAGUGA